AUGCAGGUUAAGCUCAAGGAGAGGUUGAAAAAGGCUAUGCUUAUUUCGCGUGAAGGGAACCAAUACUUGACGGCAAGCCGAUUUUGGAGACUCUACGAGGAAGAUAAACCUUGUUGUGCACUUGUUAUAAGAAGUGCUGCUGGUUUAGUACACCUUCUUGCACAAUUGUUAGAACCUUUCAUGCUAUCCUUUUCUCGCGAGGUAUUUUUCACUACUCUCGGACGAGAGAGGAGAAGUCUUACAAGCAAGAAGACUUUGGGAGAUUCUGCCUCCUAG